AUGGAUGCUAUAUCAGACCCAGCGUUUCAAAAUACUAAGUCUUUGAAAUCUGCAGCUGAAGAACUACCGUCUCUUCUAACAGUGAUUGUCGAUACUACACCAAAAGUUUGGGCAGAAUUAGAUAAAGAAAGCGGACAAGACAAAAAUCUAAUCAAUGCGCUGCAGUCUUUGAUUGUGUUUCUCAAUGCACAUUUGACGUUUAAUAGCGCCAACCAGGUUUGCGUGAUUGCCGCACACUCUGCGGGCACCAAGUAUUUGUAUCCCACUACAUCUACGUCGUUGGAGGAAGAAGCCUCGCUCAAGAGAACCGCUGAUCUGAAAAUCAUAAACAGCGAUAUGUACCGGCAGUUCCGGAAUGUCGAUGAGACGGUAUUGGAAGAGCUCUACAAUCUCAUGCAAGAAGAAAAAACCCGCGAUGAGCCCUCUGGGCCGCAGAAGAGCACACUGUCAGGCGCCAUGUCAGCCGGUUUCACAUAUAUUAACCGGACAAUCAAGGAACAGAGCAAUACUUCACUUAAGGCUAGGCUGAUGGUGCUGACAUGCGGCUCCAGCGGUGGCAAAGAUGAGGUUUUCCAAUAUAUUCCCAUCAUGAACUGCAUAUUCACAGCUACAAAGAUCAAAUGCCCCAUUGAUGUGGUUAAAAUAGGAGGCUCGCAGGAGUCGACCUUUUUGCAACAAGCUACAGACGCCACUAAUGGUAUUUAUUUGCAUGUACCCUCGACAGAGGGCUUGAUACAAUAUCUCACGACUGCAAUGUUCAUCGACCCAUCGCUAAGGCCAAUUAUAGUGAAGCCUAAUCAAGGAUCUGUAGAUUUCCGGACGUCAUGCUACUUGACUGGCAGAGUAGUUGCUGUGGGCUACGUAUGUAGUGUGUGCUUAUGCGUCCUUUCCAUAAUUCCACCGGGCAAUAAAUGCCCUGCGUGCGAUUCCGAAUUCGAUGAGCAUGUCACCGCCAGGCUUAAGCGGAGACCCGUAGUUCCUGGUGUUGCGGCCAAAAAAAGAAGAAGUCUAUAG